GAGAGGAGAAGGGAGGGAAGGACUGCUGCCCGGCUGCCCGCUGGUCCUGGAACCUGGAGAGUUGGACAUAUAUAUUUACAUCAUUACCAUACAUACAAACACGACGAAGUGCAUCAUAUAAAAGAGGUUGUAGAACGGUCCACGAAUCAGUAUAUACUAUUUCCAGUUAAAGACCAACCUACAUAUACAAUCAUGGUGAGAAAAGUAGAAUCCAAGGAAGAGUUUUACCAACAGACUGGUCUGCUCAAACUGACUAUUGUAGACUUCUUCGCCGUCUGGUGUGGUCCCUGCAAGAUGAUUGCACCUUUCCUAGAGGAAUUGGAUGCCAAGUUCGCGGACGUUGACUUUAUCAAGGUCGACGUGGAUGAGCUUGAGGAGUUGGCAGGAGAGUGUGGUAUCACUGCCAUGCCCACAUUCCAGUUCUACAGAGACGGCAAGAAAGUUGCGGAGGUCAAGGGCGCUAACAAAGCCAAGCUUGAAGAUCUGAUCUCGGCUCACCACAAAGAAGACAAGGUCAAUCAAGCAUAGGGAAUAUAGUACGAAUAAAUAAAUUCUAGUACACCCGGGAAUUUGUGACACAUAAUGUAAAAACAAUCUGUGUAUGCAUAUUUAUGUAUAUAAUGUCUGAAAAGAAGGAUGUUAGAAAUAAAUGGCAAUCGCUGCCAAUGCUGCAGUUUGAGUGGAUUUCACUAGUCGA